CAGAUGGACAUUUAAUAUCUUUCUCUUAAUCCUUUCCCUAAACAAAGCACAGGGAAGCAGGGCUGGAAUGGUAAUAUCUGUUUCUGUUGACGGGACUCUGAGGUGCUUCGAGUCUGCGGAGUGCGUUAGUGCAAUAGGUGAAUUAGAGCAUGUAACACACGGAUAUCAAGAGAGAUUAAAUAUGAAGGCACGCUAGUGCCUCUGCCUCUGUCUGGACACUCCCGGUUUGAACCUUCAUCUCUUCCACACUGAGUGACUGACUGCUGUGUCUUCUGAGACUUUGAGUUUACCUCUCCGUUUAAAAUGUCCUUGCUUCCACAUGACGAAGCAGAACCUGAAAGAUUUGAUGGCUUGUCUCUUUUAUACUGGAUGAUGAUGGGCCCGCACGGAAUAAACAGGGCUGUCCAGCGCUUGGUGUUCUCUCGUUGUCAGCACGGCCUGGGUGUAAAAAUCAUUGGAGGGUAUCGAGAGCACACCGGUGAAGAGUAUGGCAUUUAUAUCAAGAGGAUUCUUCCUGGAGGGGUUGCUGACAGAGACGGGAGACUACAACCUGGUGAUCUUGUUUUGGAUGUUAAUAAUGAGAGUUUGGGAGGUGUGACCAAUGACAGGGCGGUUGAUAUCCUGCGGACAGCCUCUGCAUCCAACCACAUAUCCCUCUUAAUCGCUCGGGAUGAGGAAUCAAAGAGAGUAUUUCAUGAGCUGUUGGAGAAGAACGGUUCUCAUAGUAAUGCAGGGUCUGAACGAAACUCCCCUACUCCGCUGGCAGCUGGGAAGAUGACAGAAAGCACAUCAUCCACUUCUUCUUCCUCGAGGUCUCAAAGCCCCCAGCUGCUGAGCCCGAAGGAUAUUGUUACGAGCUACAGUAGCAGCUAUGGGGUCGUGCCAGUAGCCAAUGACAAUGCAAUUCAGUUGAUAUGCGUUGCCAAGGGAACAGGGUUAGGCCUGCACAUCGUGGGAGGAGCUAAUCGACCAGAGGGACCAAUGGUGUACGUUCAGGAAGCCGUAUCGGGAGGAGAGUGCCAGAAGGUGCCUGUUACCUCUCUCUGUUUGAUUUACCGUUCAACACGGAAUGCAAUUCGGGAUGGUCGGCUUAGGCCCGGGGAUCAGAUUGUAUCUGUAAAUAAGGAGUCCUUCGUUGGCAUUACAUAUGAAGAGGCAAACAGUAUAUUAACCCAGACGAAACUCAGACCGGAUCCGACGGUGGAAAUCGCGUUCAUUAGAAGAAGCUCCGGGAAAGGUCUCCAGAGCCCUGUGGGGCUGCAGCCCCAGGUGAAAGGGAAUGGGAAUCUACUGAGACCCACGGGACUGGGCCUGCACUCCCCCCCGGGGAACCUCAUUCCAAAAAUGUCAUCCACCCCCAACACGGGAAGCGAGACCCUGCCUUCAGUGAAACUCAGCCAAAUACGAGCGGCUCCUAAUAGAAGAGACCAGUCUUCUGUGUUCUCACCGGACAGCACUCUUCCGGAGGAACCCGGCUCUGCCGUCUCUCCCAGUCCCAUGGAAGGCUGUACACCCAAAGGAAGAAAGAUUUCCCUCAAUUCUACGAUUCGAUUGAAGCUGGACAGACUGCAGCAGGCGCUGGGAUACCUUGGGAUCAGACCUACAGAGGAGCAGGAGCGGGCGCUGAGGGAGCAGCUCCAGAUCGAUUCCAAAGGGACGGUGGCCUAUGGAGAAUUUGUGCAAGUCGUCCGAGACCUUUUCAAGUUGCAGUUGGAUGACUCUGGGAUUGGCCAGGGAAUGAUGAGAUUUGCAGCGACUGAUCUUACGAACCUUCUUGAGCCGACACACCAGCCGCAGCUCGCUGCUUCUGAUUCAGAGGAACUGGAUGAGAUGGAGAGACUGAAAAGGGAUCGGAUUGAGGCUUUAAGAGAAGCAAGGAGGUUGCAGGAUCAGCUAGCAGAAUCUGAAGGCCUUUGUGCACAAUUGCAAGAGGAGCUUAAAAAAGUAAAACAAGAAGCGAAGGCUGCAGUGGAGGAGACCAGGGCUUUGCGGAGCCGGAUCCACCUGGCAGAGGCUACCCAGAAGCAGGCCCGGGGCAUGGAAAUGGACUACGAGGAGGUCAUUCGCCUCCUGGAGGCUGAGAUAGCCGAACUGAAGGCUCCGCGCACUGACCACCCAAACAGCAUCAAAGACGGGGUGCAAGAUCUGAAAAAAAGGGUCGCCGUGCUGGAAUGUCAGCUCCGAAAAUCAGAGGGCGCCAAGAAAGGGUUUGAGGUGUCCACAGAGAAGCUGCUGCAGUUUGUGGAGGUUGUGCACGAUGUCCUUGCUGAGAAUCCAAGUUUUAGUUCUCCGAGUGAUCGGAAGCUUGGCAUGACUUCCUCUUCUCAAGCGAUCGCGAGCAGGAUUGGAAGAAAGGGACCGCGGACCACCGCAGCACUCGCACAAGAAGCCAAAGAUCUUAGCAGAUCUGUUAGAUCCAUUCUUGAAGUAGAUUGUCUGCCGUACGGCUGGGAGGAAGCGUACACAGCAGACGGGAUCAAGUACUAUAUUAACCAUGUGACGCAGACGACCUCGUGGGUCCACCCUGUGACCAGUGCACUCGGUCUGUCUCACUCGGAGAGAGACGGAGAGGGCUUCACCAGAGACCUCCAGGAGCACAGAAGUUAACCCAAAAAUCCGAACCCCGCUACGUAUCCCAUUCCCAUUGUGCUUCUCUGGCCCUUGCUUACCUCCAGUACUCCUACACACACCAUUCACAAACUGCAGGUGUUAUGCCUGGUUUAGUACAGUGCACAGUGCAGUACCAUAUACAGUUUGUUUCAUUAUGAUUGUUUUCAUAGAGAGAAAAUAGUCAAUGUAAGUUGGCAAAGUAAUCCAAUGUGUUUUCACAGACCCCUGUCAGCACUAAUCAUGGGCUUCUUACCUUAGGAAAACCAUGAUUAGUGUUAAUCAGGGUUCUGUGAGACUAGCUGUAAAAUCUUAAGUUUUUAAUAUUUCAGUUUAACUUUUUUAAAAUUUUUUUACCAGCACCAUGAUGUAUUUAUUAUUCAAACACUAUCCAGGUUUUAAAGAUCCUAACAUGAAUUGGUAAGAAUUACGUUCCUUAACUGUUUUUUUUUUUUGGUUUUUUUGAGCUGUAACUCUUAGACUCUGAAGGGCUGGUUCAGAAAUGACCCGCACCAGAGUGGACCCCCUCCUCCCCUCUUUGUUGCAUCUUUCAGUUUUCAGGUUAUAACACUCUGGAUCUUUUAAUGUACCACUAAGCUGUGAUGCCCUUGACCAUAAGGUUUCUUUUUGUUUUAAUUAUGUGUUGUUGCAAUUCCACCUCAUCAGUUAAGGUCAGUGUAGACGCCACUCAUGUGUGCAGUGUUUGACAUUAACACAGGGGUCGGCUUCCUUUGGGCUUACGGUUCAUUCGGUUUCAGGACUUUGUUCUUACCAGAGCUUUAACAACUCAGUUGAUUUCCAGCAGCAGUAAGGUCAGUUGUAUAAUUAUGGAACUGGUUGACACAAAGUCCUCCAGUGGAAUGAAAGAACCAAGUUUCCCUAACCCCUGUUUAAACACAAGCCAUGUGGAUAUAAUAAAGCUUGUAUGAAUGUAUAUAUUGUAUAAUUAGUUGUAGAGUACGCUUUCAAAGCUAAGCGAGAGUUGUUGACGGUUUUCAAGCGAGAAAGAAUCUGUGCCAAGUAGCCAAAAGUGUUUUGUUUCUUUUCACCUGUGACCUAACGGUAGAACUGCUGCACGCAGUCCAGGCCGUUUCCAUGUUCCAUUGACAGAAGCAAAGGGUCAGACAAAAACACGGUGCAAAUGAUGUCGACUUAAUCAAAAAGAAUACAAAGUUAAACAUACAGUCUUAUUAUUCUGAAUUGGGAUACGCCCCAAACUGCAUCUUUAAACUUGAAUCUGCACACAAUGGACCCUGAUUGUUUUUAAAGUCCUAAUAGGAAAUUGCAUGAUUACGUGAACGUCGGCCACAUUUAGAGCCUUUUGAUUUCCAGAUCCUACAAGUAAACACUGCCUUGCAUUCAUCAAAGAGCUAGUUUGAGUCAGGCCUCAAGUGCCCUGUUUUAAAGCUCGGGCAAAGCCAUUCGAAGAGGAAUGAAACCAUUUUAACAGUACAAUAGACUCUCGCCAAUCCAAACCUGCUGGUCCCAACUGUGCUGUCACUGGAAUCAUGCUGUUAUAAUGAAUGUCAUGCGGAUUGCUGCUGUAGUAAAUGCACGUCAAUAUCCUACGUGACGAGUGUGUAAAACAUAUCCCAUUGUCUCUGUAUGUGUUGUUCAUGUUGUUAUUCCACAUUUCUAAUGACUGGACAUGUUAGUGUGGUGCAGAUUCUGAUUGGUGAGAGGCUGCUGUGGAAAGCAAGCAGGUUGUUAUUUGAUAGUUUUAAUCUGGUUGCAGUUAUUUUAUUUUGUUUUUUGAAUGUAAUUCAAAAAUAGGACCCUGCUUGAUAUGAAAAAGCAUUGAACGUUUUCUCAUCGGGAUCACAUUGAAAUGAUAUGAAGCCAACAUCAACCCAAACAUUCCACACCAUGUUUAUUCAAAACAGUAUUUUACAAGUCGCAGAAUUCAAAUGCAGUUUCUUUUACUGUUCAUUUCAGUGAUAUUUAGUGAUAUAGUGGUUUAAAGAGUUUUGCCUGCAUUAUGGAUGUUUUCACAUUUGAAAGCUAAAAAUACAUUUUGAAAUGGACAUUUUAAACACAUUUGAAGUGUAUAAUACAGGUUAAAGUUCUUGCAGGUUUACCUCAGCAUAAGGUUUUUGUUUAAAUGUCUCUCUUCUCCCAAGUAAAACAAAAAAUACACAUGAUAUUAAAUAAGCAGUCUCCGGUGAACACAGGCAAAGGAUGGUCCAUACCGAGUGACAGAUCAAACAGAUGGAUCAAACCGGCCACAUAUACAUACAUACAUACAUACAUACAUACAUACAUACAUACAUUUACUUGGGCAGUAUAUCCUGUGGAUUAACAUGAGGAGGUUGACUGGUAUGAAUGCUUGAAUGUUGAAACCUUUAUUGUGCAAUUUGUAUAUGUUUUUCUUGUCAUUUUAUUUCUGUUACACCACGCACUGUAUUUAUUUCUUUUUUUAAAUGUGUUUAGUGAUAUGCUUUUAAAACUUGUUGUUUUUAUUGCACAGCGGAUGGUAUGGUGUGGUUAAUUAAUGUAUACCUUAUGGCUGUCAACAGGCAUAAUAAACCAUGUAUCCAAUA